AUGGUGCAGAGUGUAGGAGGCCAGAUCCAGCCGCUCGCCGGCUGCGCGCAAAUCCUCCAAGUCGAGGUCCAGCAGGCCGCGAUCGAGGUCCAGGUCGCGCUCUGGCUCCCGGUCGUCGAGGUCGAGCUCCAGGAGCAGCAGCAGCCGGUCGCGAUCGCCCAGCAGCUCGCGCUCGCGCUCCAGGAGCCCUCGUCGCGGCCGCAGCCGCAGCCCACGCCGCAGCCCCGCUCGCUCGCCCAGCCAAAGAAGCUGCACGUGGGCAAUCUGACGCGCAACGUGAACGAGGAGCACCUGCGGGAGAUCUUCGGCCAGUGGGGCAAGCUGCUGAGGGUCGAGCUCGGCUGGGACCGUCGCAUCGACCAGCCCAAGGGCUUCGCCUAUGUAGAGUAUGACAAGUACGCCGACUCGGUCGAGGCCCUCAAGCGCAUGGACGGCGGCCAAAUUGAUGGCAACGUGGUGAAGGUGCAGGCCAUCCUGCCGCCCAGGCGACGUUCGCCCGGCCCGUGGUCGCGAGGCCCCGGACCCUACCACGGCCGAUCGCCGCCUCGUGGCGUCGGCGGCUUCCGGGGCCGACGAUCGCCCCCUCGCGGCGGCGGUCGCUUCGGCGGUGGCGGUGGCCCGCGUGGUCGCGCCUACUCGCCCGCCGGCGGUCGCUUUGGCGGCGGCAGGCGCAGCCCGCCGCGCGGUGGCAUGCGUGGUCGCUCGCCGUCGCCGCCUCCGCGCGGUGGCCCGCGUGGUCGCUCGCCCUCGCCGCGCUACGGCGGCGGUCGCAAGAGGCGGUCCUUCUCGCGCUCGCCCAGCCCGCCCAGGAGGCGCAACUUCUCGCCCCGGAGCAGAUCGCCCUCGCCCAUGCGUCGCGGCAGGUACCAACCCCGUGAGCAGGAGCAGGAGCAGGAGCAGGUAAAGCUGCACAACUACAGCCAGCAGCGGUAA